UCGGACGGGUAAUGCUUGUGCAGCGCAAACAGGGCCACAACGAGGCCGGCAAAUACUUCGCUAUGAAAAUACUAGACAAACAAAAAGUAGUGAAACUAAAACAAGUGGAACACACUUUAAAUGAGAAACGAAUUUUACAUGCGGUUGACUUCCCAUUCCUGGUUCACCUAGAUGCACACUUCAAGGAUAAUAGUAACCUAUAUAUGGUUAUGGAUUAUGUUCCGGGAGGAGAGUUGUUCUCCCAUUUAAGACGAAUAGGAAAGUUUAGGAUAAUAGUAACCUAUAUAUGGUUAUGGAUUAUGUUCCGGGAGGAGAGUUGUUCUCCCAUUUAA